GGAAGAGCGCAGCGAACGUGUGCCAAAUACAUACUACUCCCGAGUGACAACGUGAUUACUCCCGCGUCUAACAACAUUACCUAAUACUAUUUCGUAAAGUUGGACGCAUAUCAAAAUAAAAACUUUGAACUGUGUUGUGUUUGUUACUGAAGGGAUUUUGGUGUCUCAACAUGUUGGACAAGUCUAUCCUUGGUGGUAGUUGGGAGAGCGUGGUGUCGAGAGAUGACUACGAGAUUGACUACAGCCCGAGCCCAAGAGGGUCUCCGUUGAAAGACACAUCCAACAUUCAAGAUGAUCAACCAUACUGCAUCAGCCGUCACAAUCCAAAUAAAACAUUCCGUCGCGAGUCUGUCAUUGCAUCGUGGAAGAGUUUGAAGAAAGAAAGAGAGCAGGCAUUAGGAAAACGUAUUAUAUACGUCGAUGCUGACAAUUACCAGGAUUACUAUGGACGGAAUAAAGUCAAGCGAUGCAAAAGUGAAAGGACUGCCAAUGCUCCUCGAGUACCGAAGAAAGUGAAACGUACUUACUCUGUUCUCUACAGAUAUGACCCCAGAGAAGAGAAGGUGGUUAAAGAAUAUAAAUAUCAGUUACCCAAGGAGCCAGAUAUGCCAGUUCAUACUCCUUUACAAAAAUCAUUUUCGGAACCAUUCCUGGGACCAGAGAGGACGCCGAAGAAAAAAGUCAAGCGGUCGUUUACAACGUUGCUAAACAUCAAAACCAAAUUUCUUAAUAUCUUCACGUCGAAGAGUUAAAAUAGUUCAGUAUUUACAAUAGGAAUAGUUGCUCAAUUUAAUGCAUUUUAUAUAUAGGCGUAUAUUUCUCAAUGAAAUAAAAUUCGCCGUACUAGUCAAAAUUAUGGCUUAUGUUAGAAAUAUCUGAUGAUUCUACUCAUGUUGUGCAAAAUAUGAAUUGUAUAAUUGCUAAUUUAUACUAUCGUUAAUACUGCAAUACCUAGCAAUACAUACAUAUACGACAUAAAAAAAAAUACAUAAUACCAGAUGUUUUCCAAAUAAAUAUGUUUUUAAGUUUCACCAUUUUUUGACAUGUAAUAAACUGAAAUAUCAACGACGAUGUAUAAACGUCUAGAAUUUGCUAUUUUAGAUCUUAUACAAUUCAACAUCUAUAUAUAAAUUUAUAGCUUUUUAUAAAAUUAUAUAUACUAUAUGCACAGACCUAUAAACUGAUAGUAGUCUCUGAUUGUACCAAUUGUAUUUCAAUAUAAUAAUAGUUGCUAUAUUAUGAUAAUUUGUGAUAUUUUGUGUGUUGUGAUAGAUUAAUAUUUAAGUUAAGAAAAAUGUCUCUGAAUUGUACGUGAACCUUUACUUACAAUAACUGAUGACAAAUAGAUCCCCGUCAAUUCUUUUUUAUUUUACUUUUAUUAUUUAUAUAAAAGAACUUAAAGACAAAUAAAAAUGAGAAAAUAAUUAGAAAUAAUUAGAGAAAUUAAAUAAUAUUAAGCAGUUUAUAUAAUUUUUUACAUAUUUUUAAUUUGAAUUCACAGUAUCUAUAAAGUAAAUGAUAAAUUGUAAAAUAAAAGAAUGGAGAGGGUGUAGCAAUUUUAAGGCACGACUGUUUUUUACACUGAAAGUGUAGUUGUCACUUUAUUGACAUCUGUCAAAACAUCAUGUCAAGUUUGACAAGUUAUUUUACAAUGACAGCUAUCUUUCGCAAUAAAAACUGUUAGUUGCUUAAAGUUAUAUUAGUCUUACCAAAUAUAAUCUUUUAUAAUUAAUCAAUGUAAUCUCAUUGUUUAGUUUAUAAUAAUUGUUUAUAAAAUGGUAAUGUGACUAUUCAAAUACAUCCUCUUACUUAUAAACGCUAAAUAAAGUUACGUCAUUAAUAAAAGAUUUUUUUUUUAUGGAUUUGACAUUAAAUAUUAAAUAGUCAUUAUCGUAACUAAAAUUAUACAACUAAUAACAAAAAUUAGUCUAUAAAUUAAAUUAUUGAGUAGCGAGAUUCUUAUAAGUAGGAGGAAGCAUAUGAUAUUGCAAUAAGGAAUUUUAUAUAUUUUAAAAUAAAUAUAUAUUAAGUACAUUUAUUGUUAUAUCCAAGGUUUCAUUCCUAUAUUUUUUAGUUUGUAAAAUAAUAGACAUAAUGUACUCGUAUCUAGUCGCUAUAAGUCGUUUCAAAUUAUAAGUAUUAUAAAUUUAGAUAUAUUAGCUUCAAAUAUUAAUUUAAGUAUAUUUUAAUGCUAUCCCUCAAUUAAAUUAUAAUACUAUAUAAACAAUUUACUAUUACAGUAUUUGUAACAUAUAAUUAGUUUACAUAAUAAAAAUUAUUUAAUUUUAUAUCUUACAUAAAUUAUACUGCAAAAU